AUGGAGGGAGCCUCGGACGCGGGUAGGGGUAGCCCGAGCAGAUCUAGCCGAGUCACCUGCUCCCCAACCCCGUCUGCUGCUGGUGGAGGGGAAGAUGGAGAAUCAGCCGCCGAGAGUGAUGCGGAACACAAGGUACAUGACAACGAGCCUGCCAUCUCGGGACCACUUCUAGGCCAGACCGGUACCGAAGAACUUAUUCCCCAUCCCGAGACGAAUCGGUCAGAACAUUCUAACCCGUCAAGAAAGCCCAAAUCCACUGAUGUGUCGAAUUCGGCAUCAGACCUAGCCCGACCCGUACGCCCACGAUUAAGACCCGCGUCCAAGGACGUCGCAGUUGCUCUUACCGCUGACGGCCCUGCAAUGCACCCUGCGCAUAGGGCAGACUCGUCAUCUUCAGCCAAUGCUAUAGAGACUCCGAGUAACUCGGAGGAUUCAGCUGAUGAGCCUCGCACAGAGGGUGAUGCCGAUACACCAAUAGAUUCAGGUGGAACAAGAGGAAGAAAGCGGAAGCUGAAGGAUAUGGAAGUCACAGGCACCACUCUUCACUUCUCUGAGACUGAAACCGACACUUCGAAAGGCGUUGAGCUCGCUGUCAGUACUAUCGUCAGCCGGAACCCAGUCAGAUCAAAUGCAACAAAAGACCUAAUGAACCCAACCAAGACUCCAGCGAAACAGACAGGGAAUCGAAAAUCGCCGACACUCCGGGAUGAAAGACGUGACAGCGAUUUAUCACAGCCAUCCACUGGACAGCCCGUAGGCCGACAGGAGGGCUCAACACCUGCAUGGUAUGCUGGCCCCUCUCCCGUGGUCCUUUUCAGCGGUAGCACAACUGUACAGGAUGAAAGAGCAGCAAUGUCUGCGUUCGGGCGGCUUGGAGGCAAGGUCGGUAUGACCAUCAACGAUGCCACCGUCCUGUGUAUCCCAGAAGGUUCCGUGAAGAAGACAGGAAAGCUCAUCAUGGCUGUAGCGAAGGGUAUCGACAUUGUGACCGAGAACUGGAUGGCGGACUCGCAACGCCUCGGCCGGCUCCCGGACGUUGCUCACUAUCUGCCAUGCGAUGAACCUCAGGAGCGAGCUUGGGGCUGCAACUUGAGAGAAGCAAUUCAGAGGGGCAAGAAAGGCUUGACCCAUCUGCUUUCCGGCACCACAGUCUAUCUGACAAAGGAAUUGAGGAAAGGUCUGGGAAAGCUGGAGCGAGAAAUAUCGCAAAUUGCCUGGAUUCUGGGCGCCGAAGCUGUCAAGCGACGGUUACCUGCCUUCAAGGACAAGGACAAACUUAGCCAGACAGGCGUUCUGGUCAUUGGUGUGCGGGAUGACCCCCAUGGAGCUCACGUCGGGCGACUCGGGCAGGUUUUGUUCAACAAGGACAUUCUGACGAUGGCUGCCUUGAGGGGUCGUCUCCAGAGGGAUAGUAACGAGUUCGUGAUCCAGUUGCCCGUCAAGGAUGAGGAGGAGCAGCUUUGA